AUGAGAAGUUAUGUGAGCAAACGCCUUCUGAAUGUCAUUAAGAAUUGCGCUGAUGGCUGGCAAGCACCUUUGAAAGACCUGGCUGAAGCGCAGAAAGUUCAAGUUUAUACUGAUGCUGAGUUUCUGAGUGGUCCGGAACAAGUCAGAGCUGAAUGGCGGCGUGAUCAACUUGCUGAAACCAAUCCUCAGGCAAUGGCAAUGGAAAAUGAAGGAGAAGGUGAGUUCACUUUGUAUGUAGCUAGCGUUAGCAAGUAUAUGUAGUCAGGACUCUUUUAAACUCUGUAGAUGUGUAUGUUGCUUUUAAGGUUAAUUUGCAUUUGCUUAGAUUGCUGUUAUAAUGACAGUGAUAAUAUCUGCAAAUUAAACCCAUUGACAAAACAUACAUGUAGGUGUGAGGAAGGUGCCUGGUGAAACCGUGAAGGGAGCCCCAAGCAAACCUAGAAGGUAACCACGACAACCCUGCGAGCGGCACCCUUCAGGCACCAUCACACUGAGACCUACAGUGGAGAAAUGCUCAUAUACUUACAAAAAAACAUCCAAAGGGAAGGGAAGGCUCAGAGCGAAAACUGAGCCACAUGUAAAGUUACUGCAUGCAAUAGUAUCAUGAGCAAAAUGAUUGACUUCCGGGAAAGUACUGUAAAAUACGCUAAAGCCCAAGACUGCGCCAUAUAUAAUUAGUAAUGAAGACUGCUGGCCAGCAUUGUCUCGUGUUUAGCCUCCCCUAAAUUACAUUUAGCCACAUUUAAACCCAUUGACAAUAGGUGGGCGUGGGGAAAGUGCAUGAUAAAAUGGAAGGGAGGGCAAUUAGGUGAGCCUUGGAGGUAUCAGUAUAUUCAUGACAACCCUAGGAGUGGCGCCCACCCAAACCAGUCUACAGAUGCUUGAAUAAAACAACAGGGACCACAAACAGUGGAGUCACAGGACCUGGUUUCCCCAAGGGCAUUAAGCACCAACCCCAAACUUGCUUGCAAUAAAAGCUGAAGAAAAGCAACUUACCACUGAGGAUGUAUAGAGGUCCUAAUACCUGCCUGAAGCAUGUCCGCCAGUGAUUAAGGUGGAAGCUCUCCAUAACCGCAAUCCAAACAAACACAACUGGGAAGGAGGCUGUGAAUAUUUCCACAGUUCACACCUUCCUCAUUUUUCAUCCAUCUUCCAACUCCAGUUAGCUUUUAAAUAUUAAAUUUGCAUUUUUAUGGAAAGUUUGACUUGCGAAACAAUGUAAACUACUGGAUAUUGAUGUAGGACUGUCUUCAACUCAAGUGCCUUUUUCUUUGUUGUUGUACAGGAGUGUUUACAGCAGCAUUUGACUGUCAAACUGAGUGGUUAAUUGUGAAAGGGAUAGCUGAUUACGCAGAUGGUUCUCAGAGUUGGUCUUCCUGUGCCAGUGUGAUGGCUGCAUCUCUUGUUGCACACAUUUUGAGUGAGCCCUGUGUUUUUCAUUCAUGGCCUCAUUACCAAGGUAAAUAUUUCUCAUAAUGUUAUGCGCCUUUUUGGCAUGUUGCUUUACGGCUCCUUGAUGCCAUAGUAAGCUCUAUGGCAUCAAUUUCUAUGGCAUUAAGCUCCCUUGUCAUUUUAAACCAAGAAGAGAUUGAAUUACAGCAGGAGCCAAUUACUGAGUACAGUCAUGAAACUGAACAAAAACGUUUUGGAUUUUGUUGUGAAAUAGGGUUUAGAGUAGAAGAACCUUCUUAGGUUUAGCAACCACCACCAAGUGUUCUUAGCUGAUGAGUCUGUUUUUUUCCAGCAGUCGUAUUGAGCUGACCACAUAGCUAUAUUUCUUGUUUUAAGUGUUAAAACUGCACUAGUCUUGAUAUUAUGCAGUUUUAGUGAUGUUAUUAGUAGCAGUUAUUUCUAGUAGAUUUCUUCAAUGUAAGUGAGAGUAACUGAACAAAAAAAGUUGUGAAAUAAGGUAUAGGUUAGAAGAACUUUUUUAGGUUCAACAACCACCACCAAAUUAGUGUUCUCUGAUGAGUCUGUUUUUUUUUGUUUUUUUUCAGCAGUCGUAUUGAGCUGACCACAUAGCUAUAUUUCUUUUUUAAGGGUGCUUUCGAUUGGGGAAUCUGGAUUUAGAUCUUAAAAUCCGGAUUUCGGAUUUGAGAUAUCUGUUUUUGGAUUUCCUUUGUACCGUUCGAUUGGGAAAUCCGAAAGAGGAUUUGAGAAACUGUUCUUAAGAACAGUGGUCUUGCACGUGCAUGCAUAAUAAUUAGCAAAAAGAAGACCGCUGUUCACGAGAAUAGUUUUGCAAAUCUUUUUUCUGAUUUCCCAAUCGAACAGUAAAAAGGAAACCCAUGAAAUCCAGAUUCACCCUGAGGACGGAUUUCUCAUAGAUCAAAUACGUUUUCGGAUUUCGCGUUUGAUUGCAAAAUCCGAAGUCCGGAUUUCAAAAUCUAAAUCCAGAUUUCCCAAUCAAACGCCCCCCUAAGUGUUAAAACUACACUUGUCUUGAUAUGCACUUCUAGUGAGAUUAUAAGUAGCAGUUAUUUCUAGUAGAUUUCUUGAAUGUAAGUAAGAGAUCUCUUUUUGUUAAAGAUAUAUCAGAGCAGACCUCAGCCAGCAGAUCAAAGGAACAGUUACCAAGUCCUUCAGGUACCAAUUUAUGGCUCCAGUCCACACGAAUCCAAAUAUUUUUUGAAACCACAUAUUUUUUUACAUGAAUAGGCCACGGACGACUGAGCUGAUUCACUGGUUUAAUGUUUACGGAAGGCCGUGUUGUGAUAAAGAAAAUGUUCAGUUUCAGAAAUAUCCAGAUUCGUAUGGACGGGGCCUUAAUGUUUAAUGCUACUUUGUGCAUGUACAAUCCAACAUGCAUGUUACGAGUUUGGGAUACAUUUUCCCUUCAUUUUCCCUUCCUCUUGUUGUUUUUCUCUUGUUUUCUUGUUUCUUCCUCUUUUUUCUCUUGUGGUUGGUUAUAAUUUUUUUGUUUGUUUUUUCUUGCCAAAUGUUUUUGGAACUGUCAUAUCAGGGGUGUCGUGUACAUUAGCUAAUAAUUGGGCAAAAUUAUUUUGUACUUGGGGGGAGCACUUAUUUGAAGACGGGUGCUAUUCGAACGUUUANCUAGUAGAUUUCUUGAAUGUAAGUAAGAGAUCUCUUUUUGUUAAAGAUAUAUCAGAGCAGACCUCAGCCAGCAGAUCAAAGGAACAGUUACCAAGUCCUUCAGGUACCAAUUUAUGGCUCCAGUCCACACGAAUCCAAAUAUUUUUUGAAACCACAUAUUUUUUUACAUGAAUAGGCCACGGACGACUGAGCUGAUUCACUGGUUUAAUGUUUACGGAAGGCCGUGUUGUGAUAAAGAAAAUGUUCAGUUUCAGAAAUAUCCAGAUUCGUAUGGACGGGGCCUUAAUGUUUAAUGCUACUUUGUGCAUGUACAAUCCAACAUGCAUGUUACGAGUUUGGGAUACAUUUUCCCUUCAUUUUCCCUUCCUCUUGUUGUUUUUCUCUUGUUUUCUUGUUUCUUCCUCUUUUUUCUCUUGUGGUUGGUUAUAAUUUUUUUGUUUGUUUUUUCUUGCCAAAUGUUUUUGGAACUGUCAUAUCAGGGGUGUCGUGUACAUUAGCUAAUAAUUGGGCAAAAUUAUUUUGUACUUGGGGGGAGCACUUAUUUGAAGACGGGUGCUAUUCGAACGUUUACAGUACAUGUGUUCCAUUUAAUUAAAAAAAAAAAGACCCUCUUCCCUAUCCACUAUUAAGUUCUGUUGUCUAAUUAGCUGCUAUUUGCGCUCUGUUCCUUAGCUUAUGUGUUAAAUUAGUAAGGUUUUCCCACCCUUAGCCUGAGCAACGGAUUUACAGUGCAAAACAACAAAAAAACAACACUGAACAACACAGCUUCUAAAGCCAUUUUUAACGUCAUUGAACGUGUUAAAUUAAUCAUGACAUUUUAAUUUUUUAAUACUAAAUAAGAAGGGGAGGCCAGUAUAAUGUAAACUAACUGUAGUAUAAAAGUUUUGAAAUCUAUAAUUAUCUCAAAAAUUGAUCAACAAGUCAGCCUCGCGACAGAAGGUUGUUUAAGAAACCGGUGGUGUAAGACUUGGUGAUAAGCUUAACGCAUGAAGAAUCUUGCUCCAGUGUUAACCUGAGAUCAGGCUCUAUUUUUAUUUCACGCUUGGAUGUAAAUGGCCGUAAUAGAAAACUACCAUUGUCAGCGCUACCACAAAACUUGUACAAUUAACUUUCUACUGCUCAAUGCGUUGGAGAGGAUUUAAUUUUAAAGAGAUUUACUUUCUGUAUAAACAGAUGCUGUAACUGCUUUUUUGGAGUGGAGUCAAAAUCAGCUGUGCUCAUUUUACAACAGUACCGCGAGCCAGUUAAUGAUUACCCCUUGGGACCGAGAUAAUACCAUGGACAUUGAUGAGGUGUAUGUACAGUUAACACUGCUGAGAGAUGACAGAAAACUUGCUGGAACAACAAAAGAAAGGCUUCAAGAUUACAGUGAGCUAUUCGCAAGCCAUGGUCAUCAUCUAAUUCCUAAGAGAAUUUUAGUUUAUGGGAGGCCAGGAAUAGGAAAGUCGACAUUGACAAAGAAACUCGCCGUUGACUGGUCACGAAGUAAUAAAGAAAUCCUAAAGAAGUUUGCUGUUGUACUUUUAAUCAAGCUCCGAGAUGUUUGCAACACGCAAGAUUUCUGUGACGUGCUACAAAAGGCGGAGCUGUUGUCCGCAGGUGACCCUAUGGUAUUUAACCAAUUGUAUGAUUACAUUCUUCGUAACCAACAGAAAGUCCUACUUAUUUUAGACGGUUAUGAUGAAUAUAGCGCCGAGACAUCAUCGCCAGUCCAUCAGAUUUGGAAAGGCAGUCAAUUGAGAGAUUGCACUCUUCUUGUGACUACCCGUCCUCGCAAAAAAGAUGAGUUAAGACCAGGAAGUCAUGCUCAGUUUGAAAUUUGUGGGUUUGAUGAUUUGCAAGUUGAAAAGUUUGCUUUCAAGUUUCUUUGCCAGCAAACAGAAGUAAUCAACUUUGAAGAAUUUCUGUAUGAACGCGACCUGUGGGGCUUGGCGGAAAUACCACUCCUACUGUUAAUGUUGGUUCUAACCUGGAAGAAUUAUCAAGGAUCAUUGACAUCCCGCUCAGACCUGUAUUACAAAUUUUGCCAGACGCUGCUUGAUCACGUUACCGCCAAAACAUCAGAUGAGACACUUAGAAGCAUAGAUGAAUACAGAGAAGACCUUGUAAAGUUAGGGGAACUUGCCUGGCAGGCACUUUUAAAUGACUGUCUGUAUUUCAAGCUUAGCAACAUGCCUGAGGACAUUCGGUUAUUCCUCAAGAAGUUUAUCGAUUUUGGCUUUCUACAGACUUCUAACCUUUCAGACUCUCCUCAUCGUGAGAAACUGGCGUUCUUUCUCCAUAAAUCGGUGCAAGAGUUCCUUGCCGCCUCGUUUUUAGUUCGUGAUUUAAAAAAUGCCAAGGAAUCCUUCAACUGUCUGUCUAAAGUCGACUCAUUUAAACGGUUCAGGGAGCUGUUUGAAGUUUUCAAAUUCGUGUCUGAGUUGUCAUCAGAAGCUACCGUUGCUGUUUUUCGCCAUCUGAAGGUGAUAGGAGAAAAAGAAGGUCUGACUGAUUUCAACUUCUGUGAAAACCCCUUCUGUGGUGAGAAGCUCACUGAAGAACAAGGAAAGUUUUAUAGUAUUAGUCUCGAUCUUUUCCUUUCUUGCCCUUCUUCAGAUAGGAAAAAUGUCUAUCCUUUAUUUCUGCAAUGCGUUAACGGUCUUAUAGUGAUAGAUGAACACCAACUGCCUAAAGUUUGCAGCGAACAUUGCCUGAGAUCAACAAAUUUCCAUAAGCCAGAUUAUGUAUUUUUUACGCGAGAGUUUGAUGACGGAGAGUUUGAUGACGAUUCCAAAGUUAUUCGUGAACAAAUGUUUUCUGGCUUGUCCCAUUUGGACCCUGUUUUUGUGACAUGUUAUGGUGACGUAAAAUCCGCCAAUAGGUACCACACUGACAGUGUAGAGCCUGGGACCUUUUUCGUUAAGAAAGUCGGACAUCGAUUUGUGUGCUAUUUAACUCGCUUUGAAUAUAAGCCCAUUGGACUGCUUACUUUCUUAAUAUCAGCACCAGAGUCCUCUCUUCAAGAGCCUGAUCACAAGUUACGGAAUCAAGAUGUUUGGAACUCUUUGCAGUUAACUGAGAAAACAUCUGACCAGACUCUGACACACUCUCUGUCAUAUUUGAGAAAGAUUGAAAAUUGGGGUGUUGACAACCCAAAAACUGCACUUUGUGAACUUGUCAUUUUACUGAAUAAUCUUCACCAUUUGCCUCGACUAUCUGAGCUUUAUUUACAUGCUGUUGGUAUGGGGAAUCAAGAGUGCCAAUUACUUGUCACUGCUUUUAAGUAUGUUGAUAAGUUACGUGUUCUAUGGUUAGAAGGAAACUCACUCGGUCACGGGAUAAGUGAGCUUGCCAAACACCUGCACAGUGUACCUCAUCUGGAAAGGCUGAUGCUGAAAGAUACAGACAUGGGUGAAGAGGAAGUCACAGCUUUAGCCCAUGGUUUAAAGAAUGUGACUCAGGUGAGUCUACUUGACUUAUCAAAGAACCCACUCGGUGACGGAGUAAGUGAGCUUGCCAAACAACUGCACAGUGUACCUCAUCUAAAAAGGCUGUACCUGGACGAUACACAGAUGGGUGAAGAGGAAGUUACAGCUUUAGCCCAUAGUUUAAAGAAUGUGACUCAGCUGAGUCUACUUGACUUAUCAGAGAACCCACUCGGUGACGGAGUAAGUGAACUUGCCAAACAUCUGCACAGUGUACCUCAUCUGGAAGAGCUGUACCUGAAUGAUACACAGAUGGGUGAAGAGGAAGUUACAGCUUUAGCCCAUAGUUUAAAGAAUGUGACUCAGCUGAGUCUACUUGACUUAUCAAAGAACCCACUCGGUGACGGAGUAAGUGAGCUUGCCAAACAUCUGCACAGUGUACCUCAUCUGGAAAGUCUCUACCUGGCUGAUACACAGAUGGGUGAAGAGGAAGUUACAGCUUUAGCCCAUGUACUCGUCUACGUACCAAAACUGAAGUUCCUUGUGCUUGACAGAAAUCCACUGGGCCGCGGAGUAACUGAACUAAUCAAGUGUCUCAGAAGUAGUCCUCCUCGUCUUUUUAAGCUCGGUCUCGAACAAGUUCAACUGACAAAGAAAGAAGCCACUGAGCUCUGUGCAUUAGCAAAUGAAAAGAAAGGUGAUAUCUGGAAGUCAGAUUAUGAUGUAAGUUUCUCU